AUGACGACUUCCACCGAAACCAAGACGACCACGUCGUCCACUACUCUCCCGCCUAGUGAGUACAAGGUAGCUGACAUGUCCCUCGCCGAAUAUGGCCGCAAGGAGAUGGACAUAGCUGAGAUCGAGAUGCCUGGUCUGAUGGCGUGCCGCGAAGAGAUGGGCACCAAGAAGCCGCUUACGGGCGCAAAGGUCAUGGGCUCGCUGCACAUGACUAUCCAGACUGCCGUCCUCAUCGAGACCCUCAAGGAGCUCGGCGCCGACCUGCGCUGGUGCUCGUGCAAUAUCUUUUCCACCCAGGAUCACGCUGCCGCUGCCGUCGUUGCUGAGGGCACCUCUGUGUUCGCCUGGAAGGGUGAGAGCCUCGAGGAGUACUGGUGGUGCACCGAGAGGGCCCUUACCUGGGAAGAUGGAUCUGGCCCCGACAUCAUUGUCGAUGACGGAGGGGAUGCUACCCUGUUGAUCCAUGAGGGAUUCAAGUCGGAGAUCGCCUAUGAGAAGGAUGGCACUCUACCGGAUCCCAACUCGACCGAUAACGCUGAGUUCAAGAUCGUUUUGCAGACUAUUCGUGACGGCCUGUCCAAAAACCCCAAGCGCUGGCACAACGUUGUGGACAAGCUCGUGGGUGUGUCCGAGGAGACUACCACUGGAGUUCAUCGUUUGAUCGAGCGCGCUCGUGAGGGCUCGCUUUUGUGCCCGGCUAUCAAUGUCAAUGACUGUGUCACCAAGAGCAAGUUUGACAACGUUUAUGGCUGCCGCCACUCCCUCCCAGACGGUAUCAUGCGUGCUACUGAUGUCAUGCUGGCCGGGAAGACGAUCAUGAUCUGCGGGUACGGUGACGUCGGGAAGGGCUCCGCUCAGGCCAUGAAGGCGGCCGGUGCUCGCUGCCUCGUCGCUGAGAUCGACCCUAUCUGCGCUCUGCAGGCCACCAUGGAGGGCUUCCAAGUCGCCACUUUGGACGACUAUGUCAAGGAGAUUGACAUUAUCAUUACGACUACUGGCAACAAGGGUAUCGUCACCGUGGAUCACAUGGCGAAGAUGAAGAACAAUGCGAUUGUCGGAAACAUUGGACAUUUCGACAAUGAGAUUGAUAUUGCCGGUCUCGAGAGCUACAAGGGCAUCAAGAAGAUUGAGGUUAAGCCACAGGUGCACCGCUGGGUGUUCCCUGAUGGGCACGGCAUCAUCAUGCUUGCGGAGGGCCGUCUACUGAACUUGGGCUGUGCCACUGGGCAUCCCAGUUUUGUCAUGAGCUGCUCUUUCACCAACCAGACGCUUGCUCAGGUCGAGUUGUGGGAGAACCGCUCUUCUGGCAAGUAUGAGAACAACGUGUACAUUCUCCCGAAGGUUUUGGAUGAGAAGGUGGCUCGUCUUCACCUCAAGCACCUUAAUGCCAAGCUUACGGAGCUCUCGCCCGAGCAGGCCGAGUACAUCGGCGUCAAGGCUGACGGGCCGUUCAAGCCGGAGAGCUACAGGUAUUAGGCCGGCUUUUGGGCAUAGCCGUAGCCUCUGGCAUAGCCGUAGCCUCGGAUAUCGAGUUUGCUCUUCCCACUUGGGUAAAGGUGAGUGGAGCCUGGGACACGACAUUGGAAAGGGAGGAAGCAAUGUGAGGCGUGAGGAGACGGACGACUAUCAAUAAAUGAACUUGCACGGAUCCUGUUGAAAUUUGAGCUCCCGCUUUU